CUUGUUUAUAUCGGUUGUUUACUGAGCACAAGUGGAGGGAGGAAAAAUCAGCUUGCAUUGUAGGCCUCAUCUCACGAUACAUAAGAUGAAGCAGAAAACCUGAAACUCACUUAUUUGAUUGGGAUGAAAUUUGAAGUUGAUAGUGUACCUCUGAGACCUUGCCUACACGGAAUCACACUGGGUUUGUUUGCAGCAGUAGUCAGGGCAGUAACCUGCUUUUCAUCUGAACAAGUAAAUUUCCAUAUGUUAUUCUUUAAAGUCUUGCUAGAUGUAAACCAGACAUAUUUGAUUUGUGAGUCACUCCUACGAUAUCCUUGUAGCAUAGAAGAUUACAAGGCUUGCCUUGUACAGCCAGCAUGCUUGAGUUUUUCUUACUAGGAUCUUGACAUCACCACUUUAUUUUUGUGAACAAUUGGUUUGAAGUUGCUGGAACUCUCCUUGUGCGUUUUUCAGGUGAGGUAGAAGGAACAGUGUAUUCAUGUUGUUAAUUAUAAGGGACAGUUUGUUUGCUUGUUCUUUGCAUUACUAACAAUUUUAGUCCUUCCUGUUUCUGAAAUGAACAAUUAACUUCAUAGUGGCGAACAACACAGUGCCAGAUGGAGGCUGGUGAGAGCGAGAGAGUAGCUACUGAACAAAAGUUCUGCCUAGAACUGUUUCAUUGCCAAGUGAAUCAACUGUUAAUGCAUCUGCCUUUAAGCGAGAGGGUUGUGAAGAGGGCCUUGUUACAGUAUCAGAGCCGUGAUGUGCAACUAAGUUUGAACUACUUUCUCCCCCCCCCCUUUUUUUUUUUUUACCCUGAAUGUUUUUAAACAGAUUAUGUUUAGAAGAGACAAAGUUUUGACUGUUUACUUCUAUGGUGUCUAAGUGCCUCUAUUAAUACUUCCUUUGUAACUCCAUGGUGAAACAGCUUCUGAGAGCAUCAGUUUGGUUACCACAUCAUCUGGAUCCAGAGGUCACUUUUAAGAAAAUGUGGACUGCUAAAAGUCUUUGUAGUGCUCAAAUACUGUUGCUUCAGUUGAAAGAAAGCACAUUCUGUAGUUGCACGUUUCCAAAAACUCAGCAGUUCUGGAUUGGAAUUCUAAACAAUUGCACCAUAAGAACGCCAUGUAAUGGAGUUAAAUUCCAGGUUUCCAAGGUAAAUGAUAAACGAUCAGUAGUAGAUGCAAGAAUGGCUACUAGUGCAGAGGGAACAAAAGUAGCUGCUGGAAAAAGUCCCAGUGGAGUAUGUGAUGGAAGCCGACAUUCAUUAGAAGCAAAAAUGAAACAUAUCAAUCUGUCAUUUGCAGCUUGUGGGUUUCUGGGUAUUUACCACUUGGGGGCAGCAGCUGCUUUUUACAGACAUGGUAAGAAGUUACUGAAAGUUGUGAAAGCUUUUGCGGGAGCUUCUGCAGGAUCACUGGCUGCCACUGUCUUAUUAGCAGUACCAGAAAAUAUGGAGAAAUGCAAGCAGUUUGCCUAUGGAUUUGCAGAGGAAGUUAGAAAAUUGGACUUCGGUGCUGUAACACCUGGUUAUGAUUUUAUGAAAACACUUAGGGAAGGCAUAGAGUCUAUUCUUCCUUCUAAUGCUCACGAGAUAGCUGAGAACCGGCUCUAUGUGUCAGUCACUAACACCAAAAAUGGGGAAAAUCACUUGGUUUCAAGUUUUGCCUCCAGGGAGGACCUCAUUAAGGUCUUGCUAGCAAGUAGUUUUGUACCAGUAUAUGCAGGAAUUAAACCAGUGGAAUAUAAAGGAGAGAAGUGGGUUGAUGGUGGCCUUACCAAUGGCCUUCCUAUCUUGCCUGUUGGAAGAACUGUGACGAUUUCUCCUUUCAGCGGUCGACUAGAUAUCUGUCCACAAGAUAAAGGACGUGUAGAUCUUUAUGUUAAAUUUGCAAAACAAGAUAUAAUGCUUCUCGCUCUGUUGCAGCUGUCUCUGGCCAACCUAGUAAGACUUAAUCAAGCUUUGUUCCCACCAAACCAGGAGAAAAUGGAGUCGUUAUACCAAAAUGGAUUUGAUGAUGCUGUACGUUUUUUACUGAAAGAAAACUGGUUUGAAUAGGUGGUACAUAGAAAAUUAACAAAACCUGAUGGCUGUGAAAACACAGCUACAGGCAUCCUACAGAAUCUACAUGAUUGCUGUCCAAGUUCCAGUUUAUGGAAAUAAUAAUCCCAACGGAAUCGCAUCUGCUUCUGCUGAGAAAGAAUCAGUUGCACUCUGAAGACCUGUAUAAACAUGUCAGAAUGGAACUGCACUUGCCUGGUAAUUCUCUUGUUUUGAGGAGGUUCAAGCUUAGAUCCAUUUUGUUUUAGCUAGGAACCUGAGCGUGGGAUUUGUAAAAAGCUCGUGUUUUCAUAACCGCAGAAAUUUGGAAAAGUCUUUUUUAAUGUUAUUUGAGAGACAAAUUGAGGUUGCGCCAUGAAAAAUUACAAUCUGUAUUGUUCACUUAAUAUAAUAUUUGUGCAUGCUAAUUGAAUGCUUGCAAUAUUGCUGAUCUAAUAUAUUUUGCAGUGUUCUAAGGACUGUAACACUUAGUACUAGCCACAAGAAAUAAAACAUUUGCACUCUUUUAUGCUGAUAUAUGUUAUUUGUUAACAUUAAAAGUUCUUGCCUUUUUCAGUGAACGAGGUCUUUUAAAAUUUGAAAUACUAAUUUAAAUUUGUAACAGAAGUGUGAUACUUGAAAGUAAAAAUAUCUUGUAAAGGAGGGUGUAAGAAAUUGUUAUAUUUAUUAUGUUUUCUUCCUCUGCUGAAAUUGAAUAAAUAUAUUUUCUUGAAA